UGCAACCGGAACAGAAAGUUCCUGAAAAAUGCCGGUGAACCCCCAGCGGGAGAAGAAAAAGGAAAAAAAAAAAAAAUGCGAUGAACACGUGAUUGCAUCGCGGCUAGGCCUCGUCCCCUUCGGAGACCGUCCUUCUGCGCGUCAUCAGCCAAUGAGAGUCGUAGGGUGGAACGCAGGCGAUCUCCAUGGGAACUUAGGAGGGAGGAGGGGGAGGAGGUUACCUAGCAACCGCGAGAUGCUGAGAGGGCCAGCCAAGCCGUCGGAAAGUGCAUUCCAGGCGCCCGAGGAACCAGAGCUGACGGAUCCCGAACCGGAGCAGCGGACUCCUAUUGCUCCUCUAGCUCCUAGCAGUCCUUGGCUCCAACCCAGUCAUGACGUCUCCUCUGUGCAGGGCGGCCUCUCUCAACGCCCUGACUGCUCAGGACCAGGUCUCUACACCCUCUUCCAAAGCCAAGAGCAGUAAGGCUCAGGCCAAGUAUGGCCAUCCCCGAGGCAAGCACGCUACGCGAGCACAGGCCUGGCCCGCCCGCAGUUCCAAGGCAGAAUCCCUCCGCGGGGCGGUGAAGACUUCUGUGCACGCACAGGUGGUUGAGUUGCAAAGGAAGAUUCAACUAUUAGAGAGUGACCGGAAAGCCUUUUAUGAGAGCUCCCAGUGGAACAUCAAGAAGAACCAGGACACCAUCAGCCAGCUCCGAGAGGAGACCAAGAUUCUCCAGCUGCAACUGACGGACCUGCUUCAGGGAGAUGAGAAAGUGGUCCAGGCAGUAAUUCAAGAAUGGAAAUCAGAGAAGCCAUACCUGAAGAACAGGACAGGCCAGCAGGCCCUGGAGCACCUGGACCACCAGCUGAGCGAGAAGGUGAAGCAGGUAAAUGCCCUGAGACACCAGGUAGUGUUGAGGCAGAAGCGACUGGAGGAGCUCCAGCUGCAGCACAGCCUUCGCCAGCUAGAGAUGACCGAGGCACAAAACUGCAACACGGAGGAGGCCAAGACCUUGAGGAACCUGGAGAACCGCCUGGAGAAGGCCCGGAUGAAGGCGGAAGAGGCAGAACACAUUACCAAUGUGUACCUGCAGCUCAAGGCCUAUCUCCAGGAGGAGAGCCUCAACUUGGACAACCGUCUGGACUCCAUGGAGGCUGAGGUGGUGAGAACCAAACAGGAGGUGGAGGAACUGCACGUGGUGAAUCAAGAGGCCCUCAACGCACGGGACAUUGCCAAGAACCAGCUGCAGUAUCUGGAGGAGACCGUGAUUCGAGAACGCAAGAGCCGAGAGCGCUUCAUAAGUGAUUGCAAGAAGCGUGCUGAGGAGAAGAAACUGCAGAACGAGCGCAUGGAGCGCAAGACUCAGCGGGAGCACAUACUGCUGCAGUCGGACGACACCCUGCAGGACCACCUGCGCGCCAAGGACGAGGAGCUGCGACGGCGCUGGAACAUGUACCAAAUGGAGACGAUUUUCGGCAAGGUCAAGGACGCCACUGGCGUGGCAGAAACGCACUCCGUGGUGCGGCGGUUUGUGGCCCAGGGCGACACCUUCGCUCAGUUGGAGGCUCUUAAGAGUGAGAACCAACAGACGCUGACGAGGCUAAAGGAAGAGAAGCGGCGGUUACAGAGGGAGCUCGAAGACCUCAAGUACUCUGGGGAGGCCAUGAUGGUGAGCCAGCAGAAGAUGCAAACUGAGAUGCAGGAGAACCUCAAGACCGAGGGGCAGCGACAUGCUGACGCACAGGAUCAGCUGGAGCGCACCUUGAGGGCCAUGCAGACGACUAAGGAAAACCUUGAGCACCUGGCGAGCAAGCUCAAUCACAUCAAAGUGGAGAACGGCCGAUUUGCGGGAAAGGAAUUAGAUCCCAACGCUGGGGACUAUCUGCAGAACCUGCUGGGCCUCGUGGAGGAAAAGUUGCUGAAACUGCAGGCACAGCUCGAGAGCCACGAUGUGCCGGAGAUGCUGCGUCACAUCGCCGACCGCGAGUUCUAUGCCACCUUAGAAGGAAAGCUGCCCCAGUACAACACUCGCAUCCCCCUGCACCUUGCCAGUUCCAAGGACAAGUUCUUCGACGAAGAGGAGAGUGAGGAAGAGGACAGCGUAGUGGUGAGCCGCGCUUCUCUCAAGAUCCGCUCCCAGAAAUUAAUCGAAACCCGCAGCAAGAAGCGCAGCCGCUCGCGGAGGUCCUAGAUUCGCAUCUUGCCCAUCUGGAGCCUCCAUUCCCCUUCAGAGCCCCCGACUCCUCUGGGUCCAGUCACGGGUCCAUGGGGCCCCUUCAAGGGCUGGAUGAGGCCCGGACGGGGAGCUUAGCAGGCCAGUGGCAGCCCGGAGGAGAGGGGGCCGGACUAGAUGUUCCCACAGUAAAUCUCCCGAGGCGGGUCAGCGCUGGCCUCAGAAUCGCGCAAUAAAGGUCACCGACCAGC